AUGCCUGCUUCUGAAGUGAGCUCUCAGCUCAUCUCAUCACAACAAGAACACACCUCCUUCAGUAUUCAGGGGAGACGAUCUGUCGUCUGGAGGUUGCAGGGAUGCCUGAUAGAAAUCAUGAAGCAUAGUUCGGGUUGGUGCUUUGGUGCGGCUGUGAACAAAUGCCUGUCCAGCCCCUGCCGGAACAAUGCAGCAUGUGAGAGUGUGCUGCAUGGCUACCUGUGCCACUGUCCCCGGGUGCCCGUGGCGUUCACGGGGAAGGACUGCGACGAGCUGCUGGACGCUUGCGCGUCGAGCCCCUGCCGGCACGGCGCCACUUGCAGGAGCAACACCUUGGGCACGCCUGCCUUCACCUGCCACUGCCCGCCCGGUCGGACAGGAGCCGACUGCGAGACCCACGCCGGCAGAUGCGCCAGCCUCCCCUGCUUGAACGGCGCCACGUGCGUGGACGAUGGCACUGGUUACAGUUGCGUCUGCCCGCCGGGCUUCACAGGCACCGACUGUGGAGCCCACCUGGGUGGGUGUGCGCCAAACCCGUGCCAGAACGGUGCUGUGUGUCGGGACAAGCCCGGCAGCUUUUCCUGCUUCUGUGUGCCCGGUUACCAGGGCGGGCUGUGUGAGAUCGAAGUGGAUGAGUGCGCCUCGGAACCCUGCAGGAACGAAUCCACCUGCCUGAACAAAAUCGACAAGUACCUCUGCCUCUGCCCACCUGGUCUGACAGGCACUGAUUGUGAAGUGGAAAUCGAUGAAUGCUUGUCGCAGCCUUGCUUGAACGGGGGCCACUGCCAGGAUGACUUUGCAGGCUACACCUGCAGUUGUGCUCCAGGGUACAUGGGCAGCAUCUGUGAAACAGACCUCGACGAAUGUGUGAGCCGCCCCUGUCAGAAUGGAGGGAAGUGCAUUGAUGAAGCCAAUGGGUACAGGUGCGGGUGUGUAGACAGCGGUUACACAGGUCUGCACUGUGACAUCCAUGUCCCAGGCUGUCUUUCACAUCCCUGCCUCAACGCCGCCACCUGCCAGGACAUUGCUGGGAAUUACACUUGUCACUGCCUGCCAGGUUUCACGGGGCCACAGUGUGAGACGACUAUCCAGGAGUGUAGCAGCAAUCCAUGUCUACACGGGGGGCAGUGUGUGGAACUCACCUGGCUGAAGGUGUAUGGAAAUGCCAUCGACGUGCCUGCAGUCUCCAGCUCUGAGCGUGCUUCCGGCUACAUCUGUAAAUGCCGGCGUGGAUUCACAGGUUCCCACUGUGAGAUAGAUGUUGGCGAGUGCGACUGGAAUCCUUGUCGGAAUGGAGGAACGUGCCAGAAUAUGCAGGAGGGAUACAUCUGCCACUGCCCAGCAGGAAGCGAACAAGGGGUGUUAUUUGGAGGCCAGAACUGCACAGAUAUUCUGACUGGCUGUGAGAGCCACGAAUGCCUGAACAAAGCAACAUGCAUCCCUUACCUGCUGGAUACACAACCCAGACAUCGCUGCCUCUGUGCGAACGGCUACACUGGCACGAACUGUCAACUGUCGACAACCUUCUCUUUUGCUGUCAGCGGCUAUCUUCGUUUUAAAACAUCAAUUACCGGGAAAAAUGAGUCCGCGGCAAACACACCUCCCUAUCGCGUAUUCCUAAGGUGUAGAACCAUGCUGUCCAAUGCAGUCAUUUUCCACCGGGGGAACAGAGAAACAUUCAUGAAAUUGGAAGUAGUCGAUGGGCAUUUAUCAGCGUUGCUGCAAGUAAGGAAUCAGCCACUUGCAACCCUUGAGAUCUUCAAGGACGUGAGCGAUGGGGAGUGGCACACUGUGCAAGUGACACUCAGCAGUCAUUUUGCUGUCAAACUGCUGGAUAGUUCCUGUGCUGGAGAAUGCAUGGUCCUGAAGCCUCUAGAGAUGGAGAUUGGGCAACUUUCCUCUGCAUUUGAAAACACAUCCUUUGGUGGCACGCUGGAUGUCCAUGGAGAUGAUCCAGGAGCCACCCAGCCCCAGACUUGGCCACAUUUUAUCGGCUGCCUUCAGGACGUGACAGUGGAAUGGAAUGUGCUAGAGCUGGGCGCUCUCCCGGCUGAGGCGGCCCUGAAUGUGCAGCCUGGUUGCAGCGAGAGUGAUCCAUGCCAGACGGAUCCGUGCCAAAGCAGGGGCCAAUGUGUCGAUUUGUUGAUAAAUUACCGCUGUGAUUGUUUCCGCCCAUACGUCGGAUUGAACUGUUCUGAAGAAUUAAUCGCGGGUAGGUUUGGCACUGAAGGUUCCAAAGGCUACGCUUUGUUUACCAUUGAUGACGAUCCAGGAGAGGAAGUGAACAUAUCCAUGUUUGUUCGUUCCCGCAAACCAAACGGUCUGUUACUGAUGCUGAGGAAUAGUAGUGUUCCGUACCUACAGCUGGAGUUAGACGCUGGUCAUGUGGUGGCCCAAUCUCCUCCGUCUCAACCUCUCACCAGUCAUCACUCCAUUACCGACGGCGACAUCUAUCUAAUAACUGUGGAGAUAAAACAAAACCAACUGAAGCUGGUCGAGUCGGGUCGAGUCGUAGGACAUGUUCCAAUUCCCCCAGUUAGAGUGCAGGCUGGUGAUGUGGCUUUGAUUGGAGGCCUGCCAAAUCAGAUGGAACUUGCCCAAGACGCAAGUUACUUUGAAGGAUGCAUCCAGGAUAUAAAAAUCAACAACAAGAGACUUGAGUUUUAUCCCAUUGCAGUCUCCGGGGAGUCUUACAGUAACAGGAAACUAGUAAAUAUAACAAGUGGCUGUGCUGGAAACAAUACCUGUCAGUUCAGCCCUUGUUUGAAUGGUGGCGUCUGCUCGUCCAGCUGGGAUGGCUUUGUCUGCUCCUGCCCUCCGAAUAUCUCUGGGAAAACCUGCAGCCUGGUGCAGUGGUGUCAGCUCGACCCUUGUCCGCAGGGUUCACGGUGCCACUUGCUUGGAGAUGGGUUUGAUUGCCUUGUUCAUGCCACGUUCAAAGGAGAGCAAAGCUUGACAUUCAGAGGGAAUGGCAAAAUUAAGCGGGAUCUCACCAACAUUACUUUCAGCGUUCGAACGAAGGAAUCGAACGCCGUCGUGCUCCAUGCUGUGAAGGAGCAAGACUUCAUCACCAUUGGCAUCCAGCAGUGCCAUCUCAUAUUGAUGAUAGGUGGUGGAAAGGGCAGGGGCAACCUGAGUCUCCUCAGCUCAAAGCCAAUAAGCGAUGGUGUUUGGCAUGAUGUUACUCUGCACAUGACCCAUCCCUCGCUUCAGCAAUCCACGUGGCAGAUGGAGGUCGACCAGACGGACGGGACUGUGACCAGUCUCUCCGACAACGGGAACCUGAACUUCCUGAGAGAAGGAGCAGACAUUAACCUGGGCUCUGGAGGCUCAGAGAAAGCAGGCAGCUUCAGAGGUUGCUUGAACACCAUGAGACUGGGUGGGAUCUCCUUGCCGUACCUGGCAACCGAUAACGUGCGCAUUGUCAGCCCGCAGCAGGAACAGUUUAUACAACCGUCCUUCACUAGCAUAUCGCGGGGCUGCCCCGGGGAAAGUGUUUGUGCAUCCGAUCCGUGUGCAAACAAUGGCAACUGCGAGGACAUGGUCAGUUACUACCAGUGCAGCUGCCCGACGGGCUGGACAGGCAGCAACUGUGAAGAGGACAUUGAUGAUUGCUGGUCGAGUCCUUGCAUCCAUGGCCACUGCACGGACCGAGUCUCUGCGUACCGGUGUUCCUGCCUGCCCGGCUACACCGGCACCAAUUGUGAAGCGAAGAUCGACAACUGCCCAAUGCACAGGUGUGCCAAUGGAGCUACCUGUAUCAAUGCCAUAGCCGGUUACUCGUGCAGGUGCACCAGUAACUUCACUGGAAGAUUCUGUCAAUAUCUGAGAUUAUCUAUUACUUUCUGCAAUGAUGGGAAGACAAAUUGGACAUGUUACAAUGGAGGUAAAUGUACCAAGGAGAGGAACAGCAGUUGUACCUGCCCCGUAGGAUUCGCUGGAAGCCAAUGCGAAAUCAACAUUGAUGAAUGUGAAUCGAGCCCUUGUCUCAACGGAGGCUUCUGCCGAAACCUGCCCCACCAGUUCCUGUGCAUUUGUGACAUGAACUUCGCCGGCGACCACUGCGAGUUUGAUGUAAGCGACCUCUCCUUUUUCAUCUCUUUAUUACUCUGGCAGAACCUGUUUCAACUUCUUUCCUACCUCAUUCUACGAAUGGAUGAUGAGCCAGCAGUGGAAUGGGCUCUAUGGACUCGUAGGAUGGAAGAACGAUUUCUCCCUGGCUGUGGUUGGCUACUGGCCACAUUACUUCUGCUGAAGGAAGGAGUUUUGCUCGCACAAGCAGUGGAUGUAACAGACUCCACACCUACAACGAAUGCUGCUAACACAUCAACUACAACCAACCCGCCAGCUAGCAAAGUUAACAUUGCAGCCAUAGUGGCUCCCUGUGUCAUUGGUGGGGUGAUAGUUUUAGCUAUCAUUCUGACUGUUCUAAUCUUGAAACUACGUGAGAGGCGUCAGACUGAAGGGAACUACAGCCCAAGCAACCAGGAACAGACUGGAUCCCGGAUGGAGAUGAACAACGCCCUAAAACUCCCACCCGAGGAACGUCUGAUCUGACGUAUUCAGCUCCGGGACAUCAACUUGGGGGUCAAUGUUGGAAGAAGUCAACAGACCCCAGGUAUUCCUUGUGCUACCCAGCAAUUUGGGAUUAAAGAGACACUGUGGAGCUCUGUGCAUUUCUUUAAACCACGGCAACUUCCAAAGCGAACCCCCAACGCGAGCCGUGCAUAAAUGUGUAACUGUUUUGACUCUUAGCAGGAUGUUGGUGCUUGGAGCUCAGAGACUGUGCCCUACGCAGGGCUGGUCGUCGCCAUGCUGUCGCUGACCCUGUUUCUCGUCCUCGCCACCACCGUCCUCGCCCUGAGCAAGAGAGCAACGCACGGAGCCUACAGUCCAAGCCGGCAGGAGAAAGAAGGGUCACGCGUGGAGAUGUGGAACCUGGUGCGACCACCACAGGUGGAAAGACUUAUCUGAGGGAGCCUUGGCCAACAUGUCCCAUGGUUUGUUGGCACAUCACUGCCCAUGCCUAGGCUGAGCACCAUCCCUUGCUUCACCCCACUCAUA